GAGCCAUUUAUAUACUAAAAGCCUUGUAAGAAAAUUGCUGCAUUAGGUAAGAUUCCAACUAAUCACAUUGCAAGAAAAUUCGUUGAUCCUACGUCGAUUAAGAUAUUGUUAAUGAAGGGAUUAGUUUACGUAAAGACAAAUUAGAGUCAACUUAUAAUAGCUAUAAAAAUGGUGAAGGUAGGAUUUGAUUGUUCAUAGUAUGAAUGGCUUUGUUGGCUUCUUGUUGGCUAAUCGUCGAAAUUUUUCUCAUCCCACGUGGAUUUCUCAAGUGGUUUUAUUUAGGUUUUUACGUUCAUCCAUUUUUUCUCGUGUUUUGCCAAAUUUUCCUAUGGUUGAAAGAAUUUAAAAAAUGGCUUCUCUUGUUACUCUCUUUUCCUCUCAAAAUCGCCUUUCGUGUAUGUUUGUUCAUCUUCAAAUCCGUACAAGCAAAAGUUGAAAAUGUUGUUGUUAUUGAUGUUUUCUCGUGUUCUUCACCGUGUCACAUUAUUAAUAAACCAAAAGUUCAAUCGGAAGUUUGUUCGAUUAAUUUCGAUACUUGUACGAAAGAAGAUUCAUGGUUGAAUGAGUAUUUGUCUUCCGAUCAUUUCGCAAGCACUUGUUUGACCUAUGAUCUUGACUCAAACAAGAGCUUAUUCUCCACCGAGAAUUCUUCUUCGUUUUCUAGUAGUUCUCCCAAUGUCGAUUUUCAACUCCAAGAUUCCGAUGUUGAGUCGAUAAAUACUUUUAACUAUUGCCAACCCCAUCAAGAAAUAAGUGAUUUUUCUUCAUUCUCCGAGCUUGAAGAUUCACCGUCAAGUAUAAUCAAUAAUCAAGAAAUUAUCCAAGAAUCUGAUGAAUAUUCCGAGAAUAUAAUUUCUUCUCACUCUUGUGAUCAAUUGUUUGUCGACUCCUCAAAUGAACUGCAGUUGACCAUUAGCACACGUGUGCAAGAAGAUACAUUCCACCACAAGUAUAUAGAAAGAAUGGGAUUCUUUAAUCUUCUAUACCAUGAAAGAUUAUAUGGAAUGAUUUACAUAACGAUUUUGAUUUUUUUUAUCCUUCUAAUUCGUUUGUUAUAUGUUCGCGCAGACGCAAUCUUGAACGAGGAUUCGGCGAUCAUUCAAUUGUUAGAGGAUUCAUCAAGAAAGAGGCUAUUGAGGAGUUUGGAGUGUGAUUUUGAGCUGAUUUAUGUUGCUCAACUAUGCUUGUUUUGGGAGGGACUCAAUCAUCAAUACCUAAAAUUAUUGGGCAAUUGUGAAAUUAAAUUAUUUCAUCAUAGUGUAGCAGGAAAAUUCCAGGAGUUACAAAUAUUAUUGGAGAGAUAUGUGGAGAACCAAAAAUUGGAGAGCCAAAAUUCAUCAAACACUAAUAGAAGACUUUCUUUUCAAUGCUUGCUCCUUGUUCCUGAUGUUACAGGAUUUAUCGAGGACGAAAAUAACGGGACGGGAGUCGAAGGGGAAGCCGUACGGGCGAGUCGAGUUCUAAUAGCCAUUGAGAAAUGCAUAGAAGCUUUUCAUUUAUAUAUCCAAACAGAUGAUAAGAAACCACACUGGAAAUAUAAGUGCACUUGGAGGACUCAACCACCUUUGGAAGAUCCUCUUGAUUUGAAGCUCCUACACAAUGUAUCUCAAACACUGCACAAGAAAGAGAUGAUGCUGAAAUAUCUGCAAGGCAAGAAGAAGAAGAAUUGGCUAAGGAGAAAAACGAAGCCUUCGGAAACAAAAGACGAAAACGUAAAUCUUGUUUUUGCCGCGGUCGAUAUUAAGUUGAUCCAAAGGAUUCUUAAAAUGUCUCUAAUUUCGAAAUCUCAGUUGGAGUGGUGUCGAGACAAGCUUAAAGACUUGGAAUUCGAACAAGGGAUGGUUUUUAGGGUUCGUACGAGUCAUUUGUUUCCUUCGUUCUGAUCAUCGGAUAAUCUUGAGACAGUCCAGUAUAUUCGUUUGGUUUCCAAGAUAAAAUUAUGCAAUCUUACCGGAACACGAUUGUCUAAUUGGAUUAGUGAUAAGAGUUCCUUUUUUCUCUAAGGUCAAGUCCAAAAAGUUGUACAUCAAAAUAAAGAGUUACUUAUUUAAUCAAUCAGACUUAACUUACCACCCAAACGAGAAAUGAGUGUGUGGAUAGUCGACAAGUAUAUCUCGUUUCUUACGAAAUGGAGUACUUGUUUAGUCGUUCUAACGGUCAAUGGAAAACAUAUCGAAUACAACAUGAAUACUACCAUGUUUAACUUUCUUUUUCAAGGGUUAAAUGUAAGAAAAUAGACAUGUAAACGGGCCGGGCCGGGCCGGUGAUGAAUCUAAUAUAGGAGAUAGAGAUGAUAUGAUUGAAUUUAAUAAUAGACAAAUUGAUUUUGGGAAACCCUAGCAUUAGAAGUGAUGGUUAAUAAGCAUAUCACCUUCAGAAAACACUAGUGAAUCGAAAUCGGAUAUAUGAACCAUCGCGCAAACACUACGAAUCAAUAUUUAAGGUUUUCUCUGUAGUUAGAACGAUAAUCAUCAGAAAUCGAAUACAGUUGAUAUAACAAGUUUUUAAAAAAAGGGGCAAAUGGCAAAUAAGAGGGCUUAAAAUGCAAUUCAAUUCCACCACUCGAACUUCGAACAUAAGAGGUUCAUGCCCGAAACUGAAACCCGAAAACCGAAAACCCGAAACCCAACCAGAUAUCAUCGAAAUGAGAACAAUAGGAAACAAAUUAAACGAGUUGAAACAUUACCGAAUCAAAACUAUAAAACAACGGAGGACUGACCACAAAUACGAUGAACACUAUUUCAGUUGUGAAAGAGCAUAAAACUGAUUUUAAACUAAUAAAGCUAAUGAAAAUAGGAUUCCCGAAUUCUCCAAAUAACCAGUUUAUAUAUAUAGAUAUGUGUAUAUAUCAUAUGUCGAUAUCAUAUUGUUCAGAUAACUUAUUCUAAUGAGCUUAUUCAAAUAUAUAACGUUCACCGAAAAUAAUUAAAAACACGGAAAAGGGAAGUGCUCAUCACUAUAUCUAUAAAAUUCAUUAUAGCAUAUGCUUUCAUAUAUUAAAUUGAAAAAACAAAAGUAACACUAAAAAGA